AAGUGCCUUUGGAGGUGUCGCGGCUCACCAAGUUAAUCUCCCUUGAUCUCUCUUGCGAUGAUUUGGGUUCUUUAAAGCUUAAAGAUCCCAACUUGCAGAUGCUUGUAAGAGAUUUACAUAACUUGAGGGAACUCUACCUUGAUGGCGUGAACAUAUCAGCAAAUGGUAGUGAGUGGUGCUCUUCUUUACCUCUUGCAGUCCCUAAGCUGCAAGUUUUGAGCCUGUCUUAUACUCAGCUUUCAGGACCCAUAUGUAAAUCACUUCAACAACUCCAACUGCUCUCAACACUUCACCUUAAUGGAAACAAUUUUUCCUCAGAGAUGCCAAAGAAGCUAAUGCUGCUACCUGGUCUGCAGAGUCUUGAUGUAUCAGUAAACAGGCUUCUUUCAGGAACUUUGCCAGAAUUUCCCAAGACAAGUGUUCAAGAGUUUUUAUCACUUUACUUCACCAGCUUCUAUGGACAGUUGCCAGAUUCAAUCGGCAAUCUCAAGCUGUUAAAGGAAUUGGAGUUAAGAGAUUGUAACUUCUCUGGUUUGAUACCUUAUUCUCUGGCAAAUCUCUCCCAAAUUACUCAUAUUGGUCUCUCAUCCAACCAUUUUCAGGGUUGGCUACCUUUUUUUGCAACCCCUGAAGAAAAGCACCAAAAUUAAUGCUAGCAACCAUCAUGGCUUUCUUCAGAGUCUUGAGUUCCUUUCAAUUGACAACAACUCAAUGGAAGCAACUUUGGAUCCAUCAAUCUUUACUCUUCCAUCAUUAAGGAAAUUGUUUCUGAGCCAAAACCUUCUCAGUGGUGCACUGAAGACAAUCCAUGCAGCAUCUUCAUCCCUCCUAGAAAUUUUGGAUCUGAGCUUCAACAAUUUGGAAGGUCAAAUUCCCGACUCUAUCUUCGAACUUCAACAUCUUAAUUAUCUUCUACUCCUCUCCAACAACUUCAGUGGAAUGGUUGAUGCAAGCAUGCUUAGAAACCUAAAGAGCCUACAACGUCUUGAACUUUCCCACAAUAGAAAUUUGAUGAUUAGUGACUCAAGCAACUCCUCCCUACCGAAGCUUGAGAGAUUAUUGUUGAAUUCCUGCAAUAUCAGUGAAUUUCCACAUUUCUUGAGAAACCAAGUUGGCUUGGUUGACUUAGACCUUUCAGACAACAAAAUCCACGGUCAAAUUCCCACCUGGAUUUGGCAUCAAAGCCUUCUGUACUUGAACCUUUCCCAUAAUUUCUUGAUUGGAAUGCAGACACCAAUCCCUUCCAAUUAUUCAAGUUCUUUGGCCUUCCUUGAUAUCAGCUCCAAUCAG